AUGACAGAUAUCAUAAAUGGUGGCUUUGCAGAACAAGUAGAGACCAAGGCGCCGCCUGGAGAAACAAAUUACAUACCACAUCAUGGUGUGUAUCAUCCAAUGAAGAAGAAGAUGAGAAUAGUGUUUGAUUGUUCCGCGAAGUACGGCGGCACCUGCCUUAACGAUCAUCUGCUCAAGGGACCGGACAUGAUAAACUCAUUGGUGGGAGUCCUUUGUCGGUUCAGGAAGCACAAUGUAGCAGUGCUAUGUGAUGUUGAGAAGAUGUUCUUUCAGUUUAGGGUCGCUGAGGAUGACCGAGACCUCCUGCGCUUCCUGUGGUUCCAAGAUAACGACAUCAACAAGGAGCCAGUGGAUUAUCGCAUGAACGUCCAUCUUUUUGGUGCCGCUUCUUCGCCAGGUUGCGCCAAUUAUGGCUUAAAGUAUCUGGCUAGACAUUGCAGCAAUGAAUUUCCAUUGGCAUCUCGUUUCGUCGAGCGCAGCUUCUAUGUGGAUGAUGGGCUGGUGAGUGUAUCCAGUGAAGAGGAAGCCAUUCAGUUGGCCAAUGAAGCCAGACAACUUUGCAGCAAGGGUGGCUUACGUCUCCACAAGUUUGUUUCGAAUUCUAAGGCAGUUCUGGAGAGUCUGCCAAAGUCUGAGCGUGCCAGUGAUGUCACUGACUCAAACUUGGAUUUUGAGGAUCAAGUAGAGCGUGCUCUGGGGAUAGUUUGGAAUGUGGCCACGGAUGCCUUUUGUUUCAGAAUUUCCCUGAAAGAGAAACCAAUGACACGGCGGGGAAUUCUGUCCAUAGUCGCAUCCCUUUAUGACCCUCUCGGAUUUGUGGCUCCGGUCGUUCUCGAUGGCAAGAGAAUCCUUCAAGAAAUGUGUCGUAGCGGGCUUGGGUGGGAUGAUCCAGUACCCGAGAACCUGCAAUCAAGGUGGGAGCAAUGGUGUAAGGAAAUCCCGCAGCUAGAGGAGCUAAGAAUACCUCGGUGUUAUCAUCCUGCCGAGUUUGGUGAUCCUGUAACAGUGCAGCUACACCAUUUCUCGGAUGCCAGCAAGUCUGGUUAUGGCCAAUGCUCUUAUUUGCAUCUUGUUAACCAGAAAGGAGAAGUUCACUGUUGUCUGAUCUUCGGCAAAUCAAGGGUUGCGCCAACCAAGGUGGUUACAAUUCCCAGGUUAGAGUUGACAGCGGCAGUUGUGUCAGCUAAGGCGCACUCUAUGUUGAAAGAAGAGCUAGAGUAUCAUGAUGCCGAAGAUUUCUUCUGGACAGAUUCCCAAGUAGUCCUGGGAUACAUCCACAAUGAUGCGCGGAGGUUCCACACGUUUGUUGCUAAUCGAGUCCAGCUAAUCAGAGAUAGGACUUCUCCCGACCAAUGGCAUUAUGUCUCGACUGAUCAGAACCCUGCUGACCAUGCUUCCAGAGGAUUGAGCGUAAGUCAGCUGGGUAGCACAAAUUGGUUCCAAGGACCAAGCUUCCUCUGGGAGAAAGACUUUGCAGUAGGAAGUAUCUCUCCGACACUCGCCGUUGGGGAUCCGGAAGUGAGAGCAACCAACCUAUCGACAACUACUCAUUCGGAACCGUUGAACCUCCUCUCGCGCCUUACCAGGAUCUCUAGUUGGAAGAUGAUGAUCAAGGUAUUGGCUCGUCUACGGAUGGUAGUGAAGGGAGCAAGACAAGGUUCCUUAGUUCGUGAGAGAAAGGACGCAGAGCUGUUCAUUCUGCGGUUAGUUCAACAGGAAGCUUACCCUGAAGAAAUCAAGGCUCUGACGUCGGACAAGACCGUUAAAACGACAAGUACCAUCCAUGACCUUGACCCAAUAAUCCUUGAUGGGAUCAUGCGAGUGAAGGGCAGACUUGGCGAACUAUCGACAGAAGUGGCUCACCCUGUUAUCCUGCCCAAGCGUAGCCCUAUCACUCGGGCGAUUAUCCGCCACUUCCAUGAGGACAUCAAACAUCAGGGUCGAGGAAUGACGCAGAAUCACCUGAGAGCCAAUGGAUUCUGGAUUGUAAACGGAUCUAAAGUCGUUGCAGAGGUAUUGCGAAAGUGUGUGUCAUGCAGACGUCUUCGUAGGCCUCAAGAAGAGCAGAAAAUGGCAAACUUGCCAAGAGAUCGAGUAGAACCUUCGGCUCCUUUCACGAAUGUGGGUAUGGAUUGUUUCGGUCCUUUCUUUGUAAGGAGAGGUCGUUCUGAUAUUAAGCGAUAUGGGCUUAUAUUCACAUGUCUCUGUUCAAGAGGUAUCCACAUUGAGAUGCUCGACGACAUGACUACCGACGCAUUCAUCAAUGCUCUCCGCUGUUUCAUAGCAAUUAGGGGAGCUGUCCGACAGAUUAGGUGCGACCAAGGCAGUAACUUCGUAGGAGCAAGAAACGAGCUCCAAUCUGCAUUGAGAGAGAUGACUUCAGACCAAGUGAAUACGUACCUUGCAGACCAGCAAUGUGAAUUUGUCUUCAACGCCCCUCACUCAAGUCACGCAGGUGGCGUGUGGGAAAGACAGAUUCGAACCGUCAGAAGUGUCUUAAGGGCUACCAUAGACCUGUGUCCAGGAAGACUCACAGACUCCGCUCUUCGUACCUUGUUUUACGAAGCCAUGGCAAUCGUCAAUAGCCGACCGUUAACAGUGACCAAUAUGAAUGACCCAAGUGCGGAUGCACCUCUCAUGCCAAACCACCUCCUUACUCUGAAGAGGACGGUUCCAUUGCCCCCUCCUGGGCAAUUUGUGAAGGAGGAUGUGUACACGCGUAAAGCCUGGAGAAGGGUUCAGUUCUUACUGGAACAGUUCUGGUCAAGAUGGCGGAAAGAGUACUUGUUGGGACUUCAAAGACGACAGAAAUGGACGAUGCCCAGACGGAAUUUACAAGUGGGAGACAUUGUAUUGCUCACUGACGAUGAAGCUCCGCGUAUGAAAUUGCCAAUUGCGAUGGUCGCAGAAGCCACUCCUGAUGAAGAUGGUCUGGUCAGACGGGUACAGGUGCGCGUUGGAACGAAAGACCUUGACAACAAAGGUCGUCCAAACAAGAAGCUUGCCGAAUACUGGAGGCCGGUUCAGAAGCUCGUACUGCUUCUGGAAAAGGUACCUCCAUAG